AUGCCGUCCGUCUCAGCCGGUUAUGGACAGGUGAUCGAGUAUAUACAAGAUCGACUUUAUCUCGCCUCCUACGAUUCUCCUCCAGACCCCCACACGCCCUUCCCAUAUCCUUCCCAGCAGCCCCGAUCUCCCAGUAAGCGAUCCGCCAAAGGUCAGCAAAGUCCGGAGGCAGGUCCCAAAAACAAAAUUCCUGUAUACUUUACGGUGGACGACACUCUGCUGUACAACGCCUUCCAUGCGGACUUUGGUCCUCUCCACAUCGGUCAUCUGUACCGAUUUGCGGUUCAGUUCCAUGAGAUCCUGGGCGACCCCGCAAACAAUGACCGUGCGGUGGUGUUUUGGAGCAAGCCGGACUCGCGAAGUCGCGCGAAUGCCGCCUGCUUGGUAGCAUGCUACAUGGUUUUGAUCCAGUCCUGGCCCCCGCAUCUCGCUCUCGCGCCCAUCGCUCAGGCGGAUCCCCCGUAUAUGCCGUUCCGCGACGCGGGUUAUAGCCAAGCGGAUUACGUGCUAAGUAUUCAGGACGUCGUGUACGGCGUCUGGAAAGCCAAGGAAGAGUCUUUGUGCGGACUGAAAGAUUUUAGUCUGGAAGAGUAUGAACGAUAUGAGCGAGUGGAUAUGGGCGACUUCAACUGGAUCACACCACACUUCAUCGCGUUCGCCUCUCCUCAGCACCAGCCAGUAACACCAAUUCCUCCCGGCACUCCGGAGUUUGCCGCUCUUCCUUCUACCGUUUCCGAGGUGCUCGCUUCGAAACUCCCGGUUCCUUUCAAAAAUGUUCUCGCGCAUUUUGCCUCACGAAAUAUCGGGUUGGUUGUGCGUCUCAAUUCCGAACUCUAUUCUCCGUCCUACUUCACUGCUCUGGGAAUCAACCAUGUCGACAUGAUCUUCGAAGACGGCACGUGCCCUCCGUUGCCCUUGGUACGGCGCUUCAUCAAGAUGGCCCAUGAGAUGAUCACGGUCAAGAACAAGGGUAUUGCUGUGCACUGCAAGGCGGGACUGGGCCGCACGGGAUGUCUUAUCGGUGCGUAUCUGAUUUACCGGUACGGCUUCACAGCGAAUGAGAUCAUAGCGUUUAUGCGAUUCAUGCGUCCGGGUAUGGUUGUGGGACCUCAACAGCACUGGCUGCAUCUCAACCAAAAUGCUUUCCGAGAAUGGUGGUUCGAGGACACGUUGAGAGAGAAGCUUGCUCUAUCUGCGCCCGUCACGCCUGGUCGCCCGUCCCAGAAGCAACGGGCGGGCAAUGGACAGACGGUCACACCCCCGAACGGAAGCCACUCGAAACGGUCGGCUCUAGGCGAGAUUGACCACAAUGAGGGUGGCGCGCAUUACGCAGAUGACACCUUGCCGGCACCAACUCCUGGUCAGCCUCGCAAGUCCCACCGCAAGGACUCCAGGCAUCAUCCCUAUGCUCGCAACGUUUCCGGCAGCCUUUCCGUCCAAAGAGACGUGGACAAGGCCACUGAAAAGACUUCAUCUGCACGGGCACAUCGCAGUGUGAAUGAGAACAGCGAAAGUGAAGAGGAAAUCCAGAUGCGGAUGCUUGCAAAACGGUCAUCCAGAUCCCCGAGCGCUUCGCCGUCCCAGCGGUCCGUCAGUUACUCUGCCAGUUACAUGCUUGCAGAUGAGUUGCAUGAAGACCGGGAGAAUUGGGUAGAAUCGACAGUGACCGGCCACAAGACACCAGGGAGCAGCAAGAGCGGCAGUGGGGCU